CUGUGUAGAUCUAAUGUCAGGUCAGGUGUAGUAGAUAAUGAGUAACAGCGUACAGGACUACGUGGACCUCUGGGCUCAUCCCAUGUGGCAGCUCAGAGCAGCUGCUGCGAGAGGGGAGAUUCCUUUUCCCAGAGGGCCUCACCUUCCUUCACUGAUGGUUUUUGCUGAAGCAAUGAUGCCGUGCCUGUGGCUUAUACCAGGACUGCUGGUGUUCGGUCUGGCAGGUGCUAUAGAAAUCCAGGUCCCUGAUGACCCUGUGGUUGCCCUCUUUGGCCGAGAUGCCACCCUCCGCUGUUCCUUCUCUCCCGAUGCCAACUUCAGCCUGGACAAGCUCAGUCUCAUCUGGCAGUUGACUGACACCAAGCGCCUGGUGCACAGCUUCUCCGGCGGGCAGGAUCAGCUGGCCGACCAGGGUGGAGGCUAUGUCAACCGCACGGCCCUCUUCUACGACCAGCUGCCCCAGGGCAAUGUCUCGCUGCUGCUGCGGAGGGUGCAGAUCUCUGAUGAGGGCAGUUUCACCUGCUUUGUCAGAGUCCAGGACUACAGCAGCGCAGCAGUGAUGCUGCAGGUGGCUGCUUCGUACUCCAAACCCAAUUUGAAUCUGGAGCCCAACAAGAACCUGAAGCCGGGGGACCUGGUGACAGUGACUUGCCUCACCUUCCGUGGCUACCCGGAGGCUAUUGUCCUCUGGCAGGACGGCCAAGGCAACAACUUCACGGAGAACGUCACCACCUCCCAGGUGGCCAAUGAGGAAGGCCUCUUCGACGUGCAAAGUGUCUUGCGGGUGGUGCUAGAGCCCACCAGCACGUACUCCUGCCUGGUGAGGAACCCCGUGCUGCAGGAAGAGACCCAGGCCUCCGUCACUAUCACAGGCCAACACCUCACAUUCCCUGCUGUGGCCCUGUGGGUGACCAUCGCUCUUGCCAUCUGCCUCCUUGGUUUGCUGGGUGCUUUGGCAUAUGUGUGCCGGAAGAAGAUUCGCCAGAGCUGUAAGGAAGAGGAAGAGAAUGCAGGCAUGGAGGAUCAGGACGAGGAUGGAGAAGAACCCAAGACAGCUUUGCAGCCUUUGAAGAGUGCAGAGAACAAAGAAGACAAUGAACAAGAAAUUGCCUGACAGGAAUUGGAGCUGCACAAACAACACCUGGUGCCACAGGGUAGCAGGCAGCAUACCUUCAGACUCUCCCAUGGGGGUGUACGAUAGGGAACACGGGAACUUAUGAACAAUACAUCCCAGCCCUGUCAACCCUCACUACAUAUUCUGCCCGUAGAGACAACAGGUCACCAUAAACCCAUCCCCUCUCCACCCACAUGUACUUCAUAGACCUGGCUAUGCUACUAGGUUGGUCUCAUUUUCCUAUAGAUGUCAAAUAACUCUUCAUGCCUCACCAGUUUUUCUCUUCCAGGCUUAUGAAGCCCAAAGUCCAGUGGGCCUGCUUCUCUUGAAGGCUCAACAGCACUAGUGCAGAAUGGGUGCCCCAUACUCUUAUUCAUGACUGGUCACACAUGUUUUGCACUGUGUAAAUGACAGCACCAGAUGUAGAGCAAUGGGGAAUCAGGCUUACUGGGGGAGCCUAGGCAGUGACUGGAACCAGGCUCUGUCCUGCAAGGUGUUUUAACUCGUGUUUAUAUUUAAGGAUGUGUUCAAACUUUUUGCUGAGUCAGGUUAGAGUGCCCAGCACCUUUCCUGAAUGGAGCCCCAGUGCCUUAUUUUGGCACCAGAUGUCAAUGUCUUGGCCUUCAUAGUGCAUAAAUAAUUCAAGAACCAGUUCUGCUGCUGCUCUCCUGAUACCCCUGAGAACUGCAGCCCUCAGAUCCAUCCUGCCCAGGAGGGUCCUCCAUGCUCACAACCCCCGGCUUGCCAAAGCCUCUGCUCUUCCCCC